UUCAAGGAAACGAAACCGAAAUUGAGCCAGAGCCAUCUUGCUGCCUGCGCAGACGACCCGUGCGGGGCGAUGCGCGGCGGGUGUGCGCCAUGGACCCGCGGCAGGGGUAUUACCUCUACAGACACCGUUCCCACCCCAGCCAGGACCAUGAACAUAACAAGGCCAUACAGCAGCCAUCGGGGCCAGCACCGAACCUUAACAAUUUCCAACUCCAGCAAAUAGAAUUUCUCAGGGGCCGGCUUCCAGAAGUGCCCCUGCCUAUAAAACAGAAACCAUUACUGCCACUACCACUACCAUUCUUCCCAGGACUCCUCCCAGAAUUCCUGCCAAGGCAUCCAGGACCACCUGCUGGAGACAGGCAACUAGAGAUUAGCGGUGUCCCCAAGAUCACGCCUUUCCAAAGUCCAGGGCUCCAGGUAGGAUCCCAGUUUACUUCACCACACGGCAGAGUGCCAUGGAGAGGUGUUGAUAGGCUUUCCUCACAGUUCCAGAAACUGAGCAUCAGCCAGGAUCAGGAGCAGAGGAUCAUAGAGUUCUUGGAGGAACUUGGAGAGCAGUCAGCCACCACAGCACGUGAUCUGGCCAGGAAGUUCAGGCUGCCGAAAAAGGAAGUCAAUCACAUUUUAUACUCCCUGGCAAAGAAGGGUAAGCUGCAGAAGUGGACAGGAACACCCCCUUUGUGGAGCAUUGCAGUCUCAGUUCAAACCCGGAACAAGCCCAAUGAAAUUGUGAGACCAGACAAUCACAGCCUGGGAGCCCCAAACCCACAGCCUAGUUUUGAAGUUGAGGACGAAAACUCCAUAUCUAACUUAGAAGACCCUCCUGAGCCUUUUGACAUGGCUGAGAUCAAGGAGAAAAUCUGCAGCUACCUAUUUAAUGUGUCUAACUCCUCUGCCCUGAAUCUGGCUAAAAAUAUUGGCCUCACCAAGGCCCGAGAUGUGAAUGCAGUGCUGAUUGACUUGGAGAGGCAGGGGGAUGUCUACAGGCAAGGGACAACACCUCCCGUGUGGUAUUUGACCGACAAGAAGCGUGAGAAGAUGCACAUCAGGAGAAAUUUGCACAGUGUCCCUGCAGCCACUCCGCCUGCUGUCCCUGAGACUAAAAGAAAUGCCACGCUCCCCACCUAUCACUUACCCCCGUCGGAUGCUUCAAACAACAUUAUGGCCACAGCAAAAGUGGAGAAUGGGCAGGAACCUGUCAUAAAGUUAGAAAGAGAAGAGGCCCGACCAGGACCAAUGAGACUGAAACCAUCGUUUUAUCACAAUAACCACUCAAGAGCAAGGUAUAUUGACUUUGAAAAUGGCCAGUGGGCCACAGAUGACAUCCCCGAUGACUUGAACAGUAUCCGCGCAGCACCAGGUGAGUUCCGAGCCAUCAUGGAGAUGCCCUCCUUCUACAGCCCUGGCUUGCCACGGUGUUCACCCUACAAGAAGCUGACAGAGUGCCAGCUGAAGAACCCCGUCAGCGGGCUGUUAGAGUAUGCACAGUUCGCUAGUCAGACCUGUGAGUUCAACCUCAUAGAGCAGAGUGGACCAUCCCAUGAACCUCGAUUUAAAUACCAGGUUGUCAUCAGUGGUCGCGAGUUUCCCCCAGCCGAAGCUGGCAGCAAGAAAGUGGCGAAGCAGGACGCAGCCAUGAAAGCCAUGACAAUUCUGCUCCGUGAAGCCAAAGCUCAGGACAGCGGGAAGCCUGAAGAUUUACCCCUCUGUUCCACAGAGAUGGAGUUAGAGAAGAUAGAAGAACCCCAACCCCCAACCCAUUCAGCCUCAUCCUUGUUUUCUGGGAAGAGCCCUGUCACGACAUUGCUCGAGUGUAUGCACAAAUUGGGGAACUCCUGUGAAUUCCGCCUCCUGUCCAAAGAAGGACCUGCCCAUGACCCCAAGUUCCAGUACUGUGUUGCAGUAGGAGCUCAGACUUUCCCCACCGUGAGUGCCCCCAGCAAGAAGGUAGCAAAGCAGAUGGCCGCAGAGGAAGCCAUGAAGGCCUUACAUGAGGAAGCAACCAAUGCGGCUGACAACCAGUCCGGAGGUUCGAACUCGGAAUCACUUGAUACCUUGGAGUCAGGGUUACCCAACAACAUCCGGAGGAUUAGUGAGCUCGUCAGGUACCUGAACACCAACCCCGUGGGCGGCCUGCUGGAGUACGCCCGCUCGCACGGUUUCGCUGCUGAGUUCAAGCUGGUCGACCAGUCCGGACCUCCUCACGAGCCGAAGUUCGUUUACCAAGCAAAAGUCGGGGGCCGUUGGUUUCCAGCUGUCUGCGCACAUAGCAAGAAGCAAGGCAAGCAGGAAGCAGCCGACGCGGCCCUCCGUGUCUUGAUUGGGGAGAACGAGAAGGCAGAACGCAUGGGUUUCACAGAGGUAACCCCAGUGACAGGGGCCAGUCUCAGAAGAACUAUGCUCCUCCUCUCCAGGUCCCCAGAUGCACAGCCAAAGACACUUCCGCUCACUGGCAGCACCUUCCACGACCAGAUCGCAAUGCUGAGCCACCGGUGUUUCAAUGCCCUCACCAACAGUUUCCAGCCGUCCUUGCUCGGCCGGAAGAUCCUGGCUGCCAUCAUCAUGAAGAAAGACUCUGAGGACAUGGGUGUCGUGGUCAGCUUGGGGACAGGGAAUCGCUGUGUGAAAGGAGAUUCUCUCAGCCUGAAGGGAGAAACUGUCAAUGACUGCCACGCAGAAAUUAUCUCCCGGAGGGGUUUCAUCAGGUUUCUCUACAGCGAGCUAAUGAAAUACAACUCGCAGACGGCGAAGGAUAGUAUAUUUGAGCUUGCUAGGGGAGGAGAAAAACUCCAAAUAAAAAAGUCUGUUUCCUUUCAUCUCUAUAUCAGCACUGCGCCGUGUGGAGACGGCGCUCUCUUUGACAAGUCCUGUAGCGAUCGGGCUGUGGAAAGCACAGACUCCCGCCACUACCCUGUCUUUGAGAACCCCAAACAAGGCAAGCUCCGCACAAAGGUGGAGAAUGGAGAAGGCACAAUCCCUGUAGAGUCCAGUGACAUUGUGCCUACGUGGGAUGGCAUUCGGCUCGGGGAGAGACUCCGUACCAUGUCCUGUAGUGACAAAAUCCUGCGCUGGAACGUGCUGGGCCUACAGGGGGCACUGUUGACCCACUUCCUACAUCCUGUGUAUCUCAAAUCUGUCACACUGGGUUACCUUUUCAGCCAAGGGCAUCUGACCCGUGCUAUUUGCUGUCGUGUGACAAGAGAUGGGAAUGCGUUUGAGGAUGGACUGCGAUACCCCUUUAUUGUCAACCACCCCAAGGUGGGCCGAGUCAGUGUAUAUGAUUCCAAAAGGCAAUCCGGGAAAACUAAGGAGACGAGCGUCAACUGGUGUUUGGCUGACGGCUACGACCUAGAGAUCCUGGAUGGCACCAGAGGCACCGUGGACGGGCCACGGAAUGAACUGUCCCGGGUGUCCAAGAAGAACAUUUUUCUUCAGUUUAAGAAGCUCUGCUCCUUCCGUUACCGCAGGGAUUUACUGAAACUCUCCUAUGGUGAGGCCAAGAAAGCUGCCCGUGACUACGAGAUAACCAAGAACUACUUCAAAAAAGGCCUGAAAGACAUGGGCUAUGGGAACUGGAUAAGCAAACCCCAGGAGGAAAAGAACUUUUAUCUCUGCCCAGUGCCCAAUGACUGAGGGCCCUGGGCUUGCACUAGUGAGAGGGAGGUCGUAGCAUUCCGCGAAUUCCUCAUCACAUUGGUCAGGACUUUUACCGCUGUUUUUGUUUUUACGGUUUUGUUUUUUUGUUUUGUUUUGUUUUGUUCUAAAUGGAGUCAUCAUUGCUGGUACUGAAGACUGUGGAUUCCCAUUUACCCUGCUUUCUUGGGAAUGUCCAGGCAGGGCCUAGUCAGGCUUCUGUCUCUUUUCCCAAGUAAAGAAGCAGAGGAAGGAAAAAGGGUUUAUCGUUCCACCCAAAGCAUACACAGUCACCAAGCACCUGAUGCCCACUUCCCCUUAGGCUUUGUUUUGGUCUUUUCCAUUUCCUUUUCCUUUGCGUUUGCUACACUGACCUCUUGCGGACUUGAUUAGGUUCCAGUCAGUUCUCUGCAAAUCAUGUCAGGAACUCAUGGUUUCAUUCAUGGGCUCCGCAGGCCCCUGUGCUUCCCCUUCUGAGCGUCCUUCCUGUGAUCAUCGAGUUUCGCUCUCCCACCCCAGAGGGUAACGAGGUGAGCUGGAGGAGUGUGAUGCCAUGUGUACAAGGGCAGGAGUUGAAAGCUGCAGUCAGCUAAUGAAUGGCCAGCGCCAAUGGAAGUGUGAUUAGCAUCUGCAGAUCCUGCGCAGUGGUGAGAUCCUGCCCUUCAACCAGCUGAGGGAAGCUGCUGCCCGGGAAGUGCGUCCCUUCCUUCCCAGGGAAGCUGAGAGCCAGCCACAGUGGGCAAGGCAAGUUGCCCAAGCAGUAACUAAGGUUUCCCCUGCAGGGUAGCACAGACAUUCCUCGGAGCACUGCCAAGCUCCCAUCUGCCCUUCUAACGCAUUCCUAGGAAUAGGCCCUGCCUGUGCAGAGGGGGAGGGCUAUAGACCUCAACCAGCUGCUAGGAGAAAAUCCAGGACAAAUCUUAGAGGGCAAAUCAUCUCUGCUCAGAUGGUCAGGACUUAGUAAGAACAAAGGCAGAAAAAUCAUGUUCGGUCAGAUCACUGUUCCAUCGGGUAUAAUAUUUCUUGAGGCAUGGGUACCAAGGGAAGUUGACUAAGCCAUGUGUAAAUUAAGAGUUUUUAAAAAGAAUGCCAGAGAUGUUGAUUCUUUGCCUUGGUUGCACUGAUGUAAAAUUCAGAUGUACUUUUUUUUCCCCAUUCAUCCAAGUGUUUUCAUUUAGCUGUGGCUUUGGAAGCUGGUGUGCAGGGCACAGGCCUGGGGUCCUCCUGCCUCCUGUCCGGGAGACAGCAUUUGCAGGUGAAAGGGCAGGUUGUCCUCAACUCUGGGGACUCCUUUGUGUACACCUCCGCCCUACUUGAGGCUGUGAUCAGAACCUCAAGGCCUGGGAAGGGUCAGCGUCUGGGGCUCCGUCAGCCUGGUGUGCUCAGGAGGACUGCCGAGCCCUGCUUCCUCUCAGCCCAGACUGCCACUGUGCUCUGGAUGACGUCUGCAUCUGGGAUUGGGCUGCCCCUGGGCCCUCACACGAUUUUUGGUGUUUCCCCCGCACCCCACAGGCUGCUGUCUGGUCCGCCCACCUCUGCAGCCGUAGAUACGCCCUAGUUUGCCCUUUCAUUGUGGCUACUUACAGUCUGUACCUAGGACCAAAAAUUGACCAAAACACACGUUUUUAAAAUAUACUGAGGUCGCCUUUGCAGAACACAAAAGCAUCCCCAGGGGCUGGUGGAGAGUUUGUGCCUGUCUUUGGCACGGAAGAGGCUUGCGCCCUGGCUUUGUGUGUAUCGCCAGCUUGGAAUAUUAGCUGAAGGCACAUUAAAUCAGUCCUGGCAGCUGCCUCUGGGGAAAAUCAGUGUGGUGGGCCCAGCCGUUGGGAGGAGGCUUCUCCCCUGGGUUCUUCGGGCUAGAGGCUGCUGGUAUCUCAGGGUGUUUGGCCUGUGGUCCUCUUGGGCAUUAGAGUCUCUGGCAGAGCCCUGACUCAGCUGCCUUUGCUUUCCUGAAGGGCACAGGGGCUCUCGGAAGGUCAGAGCUCCUGGAGCUUAUCUAGCUAACUUGCAGUAUUCUGUUUCUGCUGUGGGAAAGAGCAAGGCAUCCCCACAUCCCGCACACCUGCUGGAAAGGAGCCGUGUCAGGCCCCACCCCGCCACACCCCUAAGCCGCCCCAGUCACAGGACAGGCAGAGCUUCUCCCCAGUGUUCACUUUCUGUCCAGUCUUUGGUUUCCAGAAGCAGGGCCCACUCCCCCUUUCUUUUUAAUGGUUUUGUAGUGCAGUCUGUGAAUAAUCACUUGUCAGCGCUUGAAGCUGUUUCCUUUACUCCAGUUGAAGGGACUUCGUUGGCUUCGGGGUCUUGGCAGUGACCCCAAGAGCAGAGCGGGGAAGAGCCCAAGCAUAGCCUUGGCGCCAUGAUGGCUGCAGUCCAGUUUUAUGAUUCUGCUUUUUGUGCUCCUUGAUUCUAAAAAUAUACAUUCCUCAUGAAUAAAAACGAAGAUAAAUCUAAA